AUGCAUAUGGAGCUGCUUGUUGAAAUGCAUAGCAAUCUCAGUGCGGCUCACUAUAAUGAGCGAUGUGCUAAACAGUGUAUGAAGGUUGGAAAUAUAGACGGAGCGAUUUAUUACUAUAAAAAGUCUAUUGCCUUCAUGGAGCUGACCCGAGACGAGGUUGAAGAGGGAGAUCAUGAUUAUGUAAUUAUUGAUUUACAGUUAUCAUCACUGAAGCUGAGCUUAAGUGAUGUGGUAUCAAUGAAGACAGAAAUAAUAUCUGGUGACCAGAACGUUUCUUUGAAGACAGUACCUGCUGAUCAUUCGCCUUAUGACAAAAAAUUAGCUGACCUUCCGUCACACUUACCUUUAUCCUCAAACCAAACGUCCAAUAAAAAAGAACAAGGAGCUGCUGUUAAACUUCCUAAAACUGAAUUUCAAACACAUGAAGAAUUAGUUACCUGUAUCGAAGAACUUCGAAAACUUGUGGACAUGUUGGCAUCCCAGCUCAGUCGAGUUCGUCAAAUGCUUUCAGAAGAACGUGAACGUCGUCUUGCGAUAGAAGCGGAACUGAUAUCUUCAGGUGGUUUUAGUUAUCAAUCCAAUGAAUCCUUCACCUACCACAAUUACGAUGAUGACGAUGGUUUUGAUGAAAACAGACCAUGUGUUUUCACAGACCUCACAAAACUUACAUGCUUGAACUGUAAUACAACUGUCCCAUCAUCAGCUGAGCCAGAUUUAUCUAAUGACGAUUCAGCUUUACAUGAUCCACAUCAAGCGUCAAGUCCUAAUGUGUCAGACUCAGAGCCGAAAUAA